ACCCACACUAUGCAUUGACCUUUCGACAAAACCUGCAACGUCACGUGACAUGCAUAUAUGUAUCUAUACCGUAUGUAUGGGCAGCAAUCUGCGCUUUAGAAUUAUUUUUAGAUCGACAGUUUUGUGUGCACUCACCACCAACAGGUAAGUACUUGAAAUGCGGGAUAGCGUAAAUUAGGUCAACCGUAUGCAGCUGCCCGGUGUCGUUGGAUGAUGCACAAGUUAUGCCUUGACUGUAAUGCUUCACCCGAAAAGCGCCAUAAUUAGUUGUGGAAAAGUAAAAUUCGUUUAAAUCUUGUUUGUACUGUAAAUACCAUUGUAAUUUAACGGGCUCAUUAAAACCCGAAUUCUGACCCAAUUUGAUUCAUUCAAUCGGCUAAUUAAUCGGCAAUGAAAGUAUCCCAGUUGGUUUAUUGACUCCAUUUUUUGUUUAUUUUGUUUUUGAUUAUUUGUGGUUUCAAUAUGCAAGAGUUCUGAGCUUUUUACAUAUUUUUAAGGAGACCUAACUAUAGCGCACACUCACAUUAACGCUCUCGAAAACAUUAACGCUCUAAAACGUGAAUACCCAGUAAGGGGAACACUCUUUUUUGUGCAACGACUAUUCGAUAUCACGAGCUUCAAUUUCAGGCAUCAAAUAGUCGGUUAUCAUGGCGCGAUAACGGUCGCCAUUGACAGUUACGUUCUCACCGGCCUCCUUUUGAGAAAAAGGAAAUGGACCGAUGAUUACAACGGUCCACAAACCACACCAUACCAUUAUGUUUUCUGGAUAAAAUGGCAGCUCUUGAACCUCUUCAGGUUGCUCUUCGUAACAAAUUCGGUAAUUUUGCUCGUUUAUAUACCCAUUGCGCCAGAAAUGAGCCUCAUCGUUGAACAGAAUUUGGCUCGAAAACGUCGGAUCUUCUUGGAACUUAGCCUAUAGCCAAUAGAGCGAAGCGAUGUCGCUGUAUUUUUUAUAUGCUUUAAUUUAAGUUCUCGGCGUAAAUGCACCAAGUCGUUCCAUACAUCAGUCUAAGUUGCUGCGAACGGCGCCGAAUCGACUCUCCACGGACUUUGUGUAUACUCUCAGCUACGGCUGCUAUAUUUUUUUCAGUGCCUGCUGGUCGUGGUCUAUUCGGUCGAAUAUUAUCCAAUAAUGAAUGAUGGGUCUUAAAAUUGGUCAUGGUAUUGCGAAUAGUACGCUCAGUAUGCCGAUUAUGUUGACCAUUAGUUGAGCGAAGCUUGCGCAACAUAUUAUUUAUCUUUCUAUCAUGAAAUGCCAAAGAAAAGAAAUGCCAACUUGAAACGGUUCGCACGUUAUCUGUCAAAAAAUGCUAUUGGAAAAAGUACCCUUACGUGGAUCACCCGUUAUACAUAUAUCAGUAAAUCGAUAAUUAGAUAAAUAUGGUUACUUCUGUUAUUCAGAUAAUCUUUAUAGAAAAUAUUCCGAAUAUUAAGCAAGAUCGCUUGGAUUAGCUUAAUAGCUCCUGAACUUACUUCUUAUCCGUAAAAUUUUUGAACUUUGGUGAACAUCUAGUACAUCUAGCUUACAACAAUAAAAUAUUUUUAAGAAAGGAAAGUAAAUCGCUACAUUUAAACAUUACAUAAAAUGGUUCACCAAAACAAAAUUAUACAAAAUAAAUAAUCCCACAAUUUGACUAAAUUAAGCCAGGCAGUUCAAAAUUGUGCAAAAUUGCCCUCUCUUAUAUAUGUACAUACGUAUGUAUGUAUGCUUUUAUGUCCGUAAAUUAUCAUUUCAUAUUGUCAAUCCAUAUUUAAUGCCAUUAAAAGCUCAUGAUGCAGAACUCCAAGCCACGCUGUCGAUUACCGUUACUUAAACAGACGACGCAUUGCUGCAUUCAAUUAAUCUUGAGCUUAAAUGGAAUUAAACUCUUAAAAGUGAUUGUCUGACGGAUGGGUACCACUUCAUGUUGGCAACAGCAAGCAAGGCGAAUACGAAUACAUACAUACAUACGAGUAUGUACAGCAUUAAAUAUGGCUAAAGGGAAAAUCCCACACAAACUCUGCCACUAAGUUAAAAUCAUCUUCAACACACACUUAAUCACUUAAUAACUGAAUUGCUGCCUUACGCGCCAAGCGUUAAUUUGACCGGCAGAGCAAAUUUGUAUGAAAUCUUAAGUUCAUUAACGAACAUUCUAAUCAAACAACUCGUAGGCAAACAUAGUCAAACAUACACAUACAUUAGCAUUUCAAAAUAUUUAUGUACCGAAAUCUAAAUACGAGUACACAUAGAGACCAGCGUUUGCUUUUAGUCACUUGUUGUGCUUGUCAUUUGCGGGCUGGCUGGCUUUCUGGCUGGUGAUAUUGUUUGCUGUGAUAACCGUAAUAAUAAUUUACUUUUAACGUUACGUACUUUGUUGAUUUUGCUUUUGUUGCUGUUGUUGUCAAACGCUGAGGCUCUGUUAGCUUUGUAGAGUUGACACUAAUGUUGAUGUUUACUUUGAUGCAUCAUCACUCACCGUUGUUAUGUCAAUGUACACAUCACAUACAUAUAGACAUGUGACCAUUUAAACGUCUCUACGUCACAAAUAAGUCUGUGCGUUUGUCGUGCUUGUUAGAAUUGAAGGCAAAAACUUGCUGCAACAUUAAGUAGAAGAAAAAAAAAACUUGAUUACACAACUUUAGUCGCGCGACUUAAUGUCAUUCAAGCAUUUGACAUUUAUUAAAUCAAUGCGAUGACGUCGCUGUAGUGCACAUUAAUUAGGUUCAAAGUACUGUUUUCCUGUGUUCUCACAUACAUAAUAUACACACAACAUUUCUUACAUUGCUGGCGAUUUUAUUCGGUGUUUUCUGUGUUAUUGAUUUCUGGUUGUAGAGACAAUUAUUGAUUUAGAAAUAAUAAAUGUGCUUAAAUAAUAGUUAAUAAAUAAUAAUAGGUAAAAAUUAAAUGCUGCAAUUAUUACAUUGCACUUCUAGACAGUUCGCCGACAUCAGUAACACAGAGUGACACAGUUGAUCAAUAAAAGUAAUAACAAAUAAAAUUUUAUUGAAUAAUAUUUAAUUAUUCAGAAUAUACAUACAUACAUACAAAUUAUAAUAAAAUGAAAAUAAAAAUCUAUUCAUUCAAUCAAUUUUUCUAAUGAAAAGCUGCACAUUCAGCUGCAGAGCUUGAAAGUUUUUUGUAUUCGGAAAGUCCCCAACCUCUAUAGAGCCUUAUUAAAACUGGUGAUAUGUUUGACUUUAUGACUUACUCACGAAAAUAAAAAAAAUUUGAUUCUGCUACCAAGAUAAGUCAGUCGAAUAAGUUAGAAGGAAUUUUGAGUAUUAAAGUGAGGUUAAGUUAGGUUAGGUUCAGUGGUUACCCAUCUCCUAAGUAUGAUUCACAAAAAGAUUUGAGCCUAUUACAGAUUUUAUGAGACCACUUUGACCUAAUGAUCAUUCAAGUCAUUUAGCUUGGUUUAUCAAAGGUACAGCUGCCGAGCUGUUUUAACCUCAGGCAGUCGAAUGCUGGUGGAGGAUGGAGGAGGAGAAAUAACUUAAUGUUUCCACCUAUCCUUUCUAUUCCUCCUCCAUACAGCUAUGGCAAUUUGCGUCCAACAGGAUUCCUGACCUUGUCGUAACUAUGCUUAUUCCGCAAUUUCUAGUGAAUACUCGCAACCGAACAAGAACUGAUGUUAAAGUUACUGAAAAGAAAAUAAAAUUGAUAAAGGAAAUAGUUCAGAGAGAGGCUAUACUAUAUUUUAAGGCUACGUAGAUUGAACAAUUAUGGGGAAAUAUAUUUUUUUAUUUUGUGUAUGAGACAGCGAGAAAAAGAUGUGUAACACAACAACAAAUACAACACAUUUGACAAUUGAUAAUCUCAUUUUGCUAUAUGUAAACGGUUAGAUUAUUGAACGAGCUUAGAACGAGAUAAUUUUCAUAUGUAAACAUACUAUUAGGUUAGGUUCCCCAUUUGUGCAGGUUCCAUUGUGAUGCCAAAAGACUGCUAAAGUAACAAUCAUACGAUCUCAUAUCGGAUUAUUAAAUCCUAUAUCCGUCAGUUAUGAUAUACUCAUCGGAAAUACCUAAUGAUUAAUUGUUCUACCUUACCCAUUAGCGUUGCUUUGUUAAAACUAUAAAACUAAAAUAACCAUUACAUAUCAUUAUAUUCAACAAAUAGCUUAAACAAAUACUGUACGAAUACCCUUCAAUAAAGAAACAUUGAUACUGCUACUUGGCAACUCUGCGCUAAGUAUGCUGAGAGCGCGCAUUGAGCUCUCAACGCCAGCUUGUCUCAGCUGUUUGACAUCAAACCAAGCAAACACAAUCAGCUGUUGUAUUCUUUGGUAAAAGCAAAAGCAAUAAAAGUCACCUGUCAACAAGCUAUCGGCCAAAGAGACAUCGUUUUCUACUAUUUUAGCUUGGUUUUGUAAAUAGCAAUUGUCGUGCACUUCACUAUUUGUAGACAGCGCAUCAAACAAACGGUUGGAACUGUAUACUACAAGCCCACUGCGGUUCACCGUAACACGAACACACAUACAUUUGUGGUAAAUUUUUGUGAGUUCGGUCUUAUAUUACUCGUAAGCUCGCUAACGAGCAAAAUUGUAAGCGGUGGUGAGCGUAAAACUGCUUUUUACCUGACACUCAAGCUCAACGUGGCACUCAGUUAGCACUCAAUCAUAAGUAGAUUGCUGGAUAUUGAUUGAUUGCUAGUGGAAUUUUUUCGGUUGUCAUAUGGAUUUGGUUUAAUUUUAUUGAAAUUUGUAGUUUUUGGUUCACAGAUAAUGUUCUAAAAUUGCAUUUUCUUAUAAGUGGUAGAAAAUCGAGAUCAAAAGGAUUCAUAGUAAAUAUCAACUUAUCAUAAAUAUCAACGUUAUAUAAUUUUAUAAAGGCGUACAAAUAGGUUAGUUUAUAUUAUGUAUAGCCUAAUAUUGAAAGCUUAGUUUAGUAACUUUGUAGAUCCUAGACUCAAAUUUCGAUCGUGGUCAACUCUAAAACUGUAGAGUUCUUACAGUAAAAGUCGCUUCUUAACAGCUACCAUCAAAAAUUCAGUGUUUCCUUGUAGUAUGAUGUAGAUCUUAUAAAACGUAAAUUUGCAAAGACUACUUAGAAGAUUUUUAACCUUUUCGCACAGCCAAAUUAAUUUAAUACAUUAAGAUUAUAACUGAGAAUACAUUUUAUGGCUUUCGCAUAGCCGGCUACUCGAUUAAUGAUCAGCUUCAUUUUUUUGCUAUUCAUAAGAAUUUGGUAAGUUUCAUCACCUGAUUGCUAUUUUUAAAUAACUACAACUACAUUAAUAGUGUGCUCGAUUAGUAUUCGAUUAAGGAUUAGUGUAGUAAAAUAAGAAUUUUAUUUUGUAUGGUAAAUCAAUCCACAUCAACGAUUUCAUCGAGUAAAGGCCGGUUAAUUGAUCAAUUAACUCCUGUGCGAAAUAGCUAUUAAUAAAAAUCUUCAAUUUGUAACUAAGCUUCUUUUAGAGUGCGUUUUAUCUAAUUUCAGUAUUUACUUUGAUUUCCUUAAUAUGAAAGAAAUGUUGACAGACUUUCAUCGACUAUAAAACCUUACUAAAUAGGACUAAAUAUACAAUAUAAAAGUAGAAGAAUCUGAUUUCAACUUAUCGGAACGGUUUUAGCUUACAAUUUAUUUAAAAAUUAUGAAAAUUGAAAUAUUUUCUUAAUAAUGUAGAGAUGAAGUAAUAGAAUCACACCCUUGAAACAUGACUACUUUACAAGAAGCAUUCUUACUUCCUUAUUGGUUUUUGGUUGUAGAAAGAAGUGUUUUUUAGUCGAGGGGAGUCCAAGCUAAGCUAUAGUGAUGGUAUGAACCAGAUGAAAUCUGUUGCAAAACUCUUCUAUAAUUAUAUACAGUUUUUUAUCACCUCUGACAAAAUGUGAGGGUAGGGAAAUGCAACGGUUGUAAAAUAAUCGGUUUUUCUCUUAUGAAAAUAUUUUGUCGAAGCUCUCGAUUAUAAAGAUCGCUACUACAUCUCGAGGAUCAUUUUGAAAUGAUUAACCGGUCACCGGGGCAUGUUUUUAGAACCCCAUUGUAUUGAAAAUUAUAUAAAAAAUAUGUCAUUGUAAAAAUUUUGUUUAAAAGUGGCCGAGUACUCGUACUAUAACAUUUACACGCCCCGAUCGCAAUUACUACAAAUGAGGUUAUUGUGAUCUUCGCACAUUUCAAAGAUUUCAAUUGAUUUCAUGACUUACAUAUUGAAAUGCAAAAGUUGUAAAUUUUUUACUGUGCAUUUUUUUCGAAAUCGAUAAGUGGCAAACGAGCGAAUGUGCCUCUAUAUUGUCAGUAUAUUGGUAUGGUAUGCGGCUGAAACCCGGUUUAACUAACUCACAACUUAGCGGGCGGCUCAAAAGCCGUGCUCUGCAAUACAAAUUGAUCACACAACUACAGUAUAACGUAACGGUUCGAACUGCUCGACCGAUGCAUAGGUGUGAGUAUUAGCAAAUACUAAAAAAUUGGGGAGAGGAAACGGUUAAAGCUCUCAUGUUAGGGCCCAAACGAAUCAGUUGUCUGCUAAACGGUGAGGAAAACGGUUGUGCGAACGCAAUCGUGCAAACAAAUCGUGUGAAUUUAAUUUUAAUUUUUUGCUUUUCCAAAAGCAAAUUGUUGAGCAAAAAAUUUUUGAUUGACUUAAUAUAGAAUUAUUUGUAUAAAAAUAAUAUUUUUUAUAAAAGAAAAAUAUUUUCAAAUAAAUUGUGUACACCAACAACAAAACGAGUUAACGUGAAAAAGCACACAAAACACAAGUAAUUUGUGCCAUUUCAUGCAGUGCAACAUUUACGCCACAUGUUUAUAAACAAAUGUUGCAGAAGCGAUAAACAAACAGUGAAAUAGUGAAAAUACGCCGAAUUCAAGCGCAAACGAAAAUGAAAAGUUAAAUUAAACAAAAUAUACAUAUACUAAUGAAAUACUGUGUUGAAAGAAAAAAAUAACAACAACAACAAUAACAACAAAUACAACAAACACUUAGUAAAAACAUUGCAAAUUUUUGCAAGUGAAAAUUAUUUUAAAAUUCUACGACUGCAACAGCAUUAAUCGUCUUUGGAACAAUACUUCAAUGUCAGCACAGCAGCCUGCAAGUCAGCAGCAAUAACAACAACUACAACAACAGCGCAGCAGCGAAUUAUAGCAAGACGCGUUAUAAUGCUUAACAGAAAAGUGAAAAACUAAAGAACAAACGAGGACAACUGCGUAUGGAGAAGCAUACUAGAAGAACUACUAACUAACAACGCUACGCUAAAAUACUAAUAGUAGUUGCUAACAGUAUAACAACAGCAAUAACAAUCCAAAUAAAUAAAUCAAUAGACUGCUACGAUUCCAAAACUUGCCAAUGACAAUACGUGUUUACCACUUAAAUUAAGCGCAAUUAGCGAUAUCAUAAAUACACAUGCGCACAGAAAGCAUUUCGAGCGGCGGGCGACACAGUUGCGCAUCCGCAUACGCUACUGCACACACAGCCACCGGCACAGCCACGUCCACAGCAUCCGUUGUGGCAGCCAAAAUGGCAAGCAUGCCGGUCGUCUGGUGCACCGAUCCAAAUUCAGUGAACAAACAACCCACAGCUUUCGCGCUCCACGGCAUACAAUUGCAGGGGAACGUGACCGAGAAACAAGUGCUGGCACUACGCGAGCUGGUGAAUGCCGCCGCUGAGGGUAGACUCAUAUUGCCGGCGGACGGCUCAUUCGUGCUGCUGGACAGUGGCAUCAGCAUCGAAAGUUCGAUUGUGAACAGUAGUGGUGGUAGUAUUGGUGAAGGUGCCGUCGACACGGAUGGCAAUAAAGAGAACACAGCGCAGAAUGGUGCACCAAAUGCGACGCAUGGCUGCGGCGCCGAGGAGAAACAUGUUAAAAACACCUAUAUACUAAUGCCUGUGACAACAAAUAAGCCGCGCGCCACCACAGACUUGCCUGCCAAUGCAGAACAGAGCGAGGCAGAGGGGGUGUCGGAGCAGGAAGCAGAAGCAAUUGAGCGCUCACAGUCGCCAAAGCAAUUUGAGGAUGAUGAUGAUGAAGAGGAGGAGUUCGAGCCGAAAUACUCCACUUUCACGCCGCCCAGUUCCACUGACGACGAGGAGAUCCUCUACGAAUUUCUCUGCUGCGCGAAGUGCAUGAAUGAAGUCUACGCCACCAGGUGUCAAGCGUCUUCAACAAAUGCAGCGUCGCGCGUGCGCAACAGCAAUUGUCAGUAUGCCACGGCAGCGUAUCCGCCCAAAAGCAAUCAAUCCCGACGUGCCAUGGCGGCAGAACGUCUGCAGCGUUUACUCAGGACUUCCGGUCGCGGUAGCGCCUUCAUGGAUUGGACCGGCACAGCAACAGCGACGCGAGCCAAUGAACCGCUAACGCCGCUCGACGAUCCUGUCUAUAGUAUUGCCAAUAAGUACACGCGCCGCUAUCAUCGCAAGCAUUGCCUCAACUUUGCCUCAGCAUUGGCGGCACGUAAUCGACAAAAUCGUCACAAAUUACCAAUGCAAAGCGUAAAAAUCUUUCAUAAUCGUAGCAUUGCAAUCACAAAUGGCGGUAGCUGUGCUGGCGGUAGUGGGGCCAGUGGUAGUGUAAGCAAUAGUCGUAGCAAUAAAAUCGGCUGCAUUCCGCUGCCGACAUUAUCAUUACUGCCCGCAUACGCGUCGGUGAAUAAAAAGCAAUUCGUGAACGAUGCGACGAAACAGUCGUCAAGUAGUCGUGCAUUGCGAGCGGCGGAAAGCGUUGGUGAAAUGCAAGUGUCGAUGGAGAGUAGUAAUAGCGGCAGUGAGCAACCACUGGGGAAUGACGUGAAGACUGUAGAGCGCAUUGCCAGCGCUGAGCCAAACAACUGUGAUACACCAAUGGACGCGACAGUAGCCGCUUCCGAAGUAGUUAAGGAUCUAAUUAGUUUCGAUGAUGAUGACUGUAAUGAUAGCGAUAAAUUGACGGCGGCCAGAAAGGCUUUCGUUACAUCGCAAAAUUUCGCUUGUGCUACGAAGACCUUCGAUUUGUUGUGCGCUCCCAAUCAACCGUUGGCCGUCAUAGCGGACGAGCACGAACGCGCUGACGAAAACGACAACAACGACGCCGGCACAAACAACUGCAACCUUCCACUGUCAGCAGAUGCGCUUUGCAUGCAAAUUAGCGAAUCAGCCGAAAUCGGGGCCUCGCUAGCGACGCAAAAUGUCAGCGACGAUAGCGUAGUCCCUGCGCACAGCGUUGCAGUCGGCGCGCAACCGUCGAGCAAUAAUUCCAGUCGCAAAACAAGUUUCGAUUCAACCUGCACUAUUAGUUCGAUGGAUUCUGGCUUCAUAGAAAUGCAGAAUAAAUUGGAGAGCUCAUUGCAGAGUGCCGCCGGCGCGUUACUCUAUGCCGCAAACGCUGCAAAUGCGCGACCUACGCUGGCGCAAAUUUUCGAUGGCGUUUGCAGUGCGACGGGUGUGGAAAAUUCCACAGCGCGCACCAAUGGCGUCGGCUACAAUACGGCGGAACCUUGUGACGCGCCCGAGAAGAUAGCGCGACUCAACUACAAAGAAUGUUUGACGCAGUCGCGCAACCGACGCAAAUCCUACGAAGAGUUUAAAGCCAUGUUUGCUGCAGCGGCUCACUUGGAAGGCGCGAAUGGUGCGGUAGCGGAAGCUAGCGCGCGGCGUAAAGCGCUGCAGGUGCGGUCUGGCAAUUGUUUGGAAAAGGAAACUCAAUACGCGUCGUCAAUGACAAUGCAAACAGCAUUAGCGCAUGCAACAACAACGCCAAUGUCCGCGGUUUCACAGACGACGGCGGCGAUUGGGACGCCAAUGUCGAAUGCAUUAGAAUCUAUAUCAGAACAGUCGGCAACCGCAGGCGAAGAGAGUAACGACGCCGCGACUGCUCAAGCGCUGCCAAACGCCGCGUCUUCACUUGCCAAUCAUGAUAUAGGUGGUGCCGCCGGCGCCGACCAGUUAGACACAUUUGCAGUGGAUAGCGACACGAAACCGGAUUGUGUAAACAAGUUUGCGGUGCGCACAGCUGAAAUGGAUACUGCUGACGUGUCCGUCGCACUGACAACACCAACAAACACAGCAAUACCGCAGCGGUCAACCACAGAACUUUUGCGUAAAAAUUCGGAUUUUCUAUCGCAAAUACUCGAUCAAAAGUUGCUUGCGGCCAAAGAGAAGGAAAAGGCGCACAUACGCCGCAAAUCGUACGAGGAGUUCAAACGUUUGGUGCGCGAGUGCGAAACAAUGGACGCCUUGGAAAGCGGCAGUGAAGUGACCGAAGUCGGUGCGCCAGCAGGCUCUACAGCAACACCAUUUAAACGCCAAAAUUCGCGGCAUCGUAAAAGUUACGCAUCGUUUCUGCUGAUGCGUCGAAACUCACUGAAAGAGCAGCAGAAAGCGGCCGCUGUGGCAAGCACCAGUACGACCACUCCCGCGGAGUGCGUGGCUGUAACCGCGAGUGAGGUGCAAUCACCAAACAAAGUUGGUGCCAUUGUACCCUCGGCGGCGGCAGCAUCCAUCAGCAAAGGUGUCUGCGGUGGCAAUAAUUAUAAACGCAACUUCAAAAUCUACGAUAAGCUUGUUUAUGGCACCAUUUAUGACAUCAUACAGCGCAAGAAUGACAUUUACAAUCUAACAUAUCAUAAAUAUGACAAAUAUAUGACAUAUGGCACUAUUUAUGAGAUUCUACACCGCAAAACAUCGCAAGCCUCCUCUACGGCCUCGUCCGUCACAAGUGCGGGCGACUUCUUUCAACGCAAGAGUCUUUCGGCUAUUUUGGAAAAGGACGUUGCCGCGCGGCAUGAGCGCCGCGAUAGCGCAUCGAAGACGGAAAAAGAUAAAGAGAAAGAAGGCAAGGAGAAACAUAAACCUUUAAAGCCAACAAUGAUUUACGACAUUAUACAAAAGCAACAACAGCAACAACAGCACCAACAGACACAAGGCGUCGCGUUGCAUGCAACGUGCUCGGAAGACCACAGCGUUGCCACGCCAAAUUCGGUCAUCGCAACCACAAGUUCUACUUCCUCGUCCGCGCGUUUGGGCAACAACCGCAAAUAUGGUACGAUUUACGACAUCUUACAACUGGAGAAAUCGGAUGCAAGCAGUGCGCCGACGACCGCAGCCUCAGGUGCGACGCACCCAGAAUCGAAGAAUCGUUUUAUUGUCAGUAAAAUCGAUGAAUCCGCUGUCAUGACGGAGUCAACACAGCAGGGUUUGGAGGUGCACACACCCAAUGUGGUCGCCGAAAGUACAGCCGCCGACAAGCUGCAGGGCGACGAUGCCGCCCAUUGUGAUGCGCAAAAGUCCGUCAAAACAACGAAGCCAAACAAAAUGAGAAGACUGUCUAAUAUAUUGUCGUAUAGUAAGCAACACUCCAAGUCGGAGAAGUCAUCGAGCAGCGAACGUAUCGAUGAGCAGCCCGAACCGACGGACGAAGAUUCCGCCAAAUCGAAACGCCAUGCGCAACACAAACGACGUGUUGGCAUGCCUCAACUAUUGCCCCUGGACAGCGAGGAAUUGUAUGCGCGUAUUGUGGCACAGAACCGCGCCAACUCAACGGCCGGCAAGCAGAAAAAUUCCGGUGGGGGUCCUAUUAUGAAAUCUAGCUCACUGGAUGCCAUUUCCACCAGUGCUGCCGCGGCGCUCGCACUGAUUUCACCACCUGCCACACCUUCGCCACCCUCGCCGCGUCGCAGUCUGAAACAACAUAAUUGCCUGCAGCGUACCAGCGCGCACACAGCCCAGAGGCUGCUUGUCAAAAAGUUGUCGCUGGAGAGUUUCGAACCAAGUCGCGUGCGUCAAGAACGCUCACCGCUACGCCGUUGGUCCAACCAAAUGCCCAUCAAAUGCAAUUGCAUGCUAGUCGGCGAUUCGCGCGAGGGUUCGCCAAUUUCUUUGGCCAGCAGCAAUGAAGAUUUGUGCGCAUGCGCCGCCUCAACUACGGUCAAUGAAACGACAGCGCAAUGGCAACGUCAUAACCACAGUCGUGAACAUCACAAACACCAGACGUCGCAGCACACACAUACGUGUCCGAAUUUCUUGACAUUCACACUGAACACGAAUACAACAACGACAACGGAUAAAGAAACCGACGUGCUCUUGCCAUGGACUGCGUCUUCGCUGUGUGUCGGCAAUGCCGACUGUGCGUGCGCCUCGCUUGAGGAUUUCAAAAAUUUCCGACUCAAUGCGCCAGCAAGCGCUACAGCAAAUACCGCAAGCAGUGGUCAGAUGGUGGCGGCGUCGUCAACGAAGGGCAGCAGCUCAGCGCUGGCGCUGGCCAAGAAAGCCAAGUCGCGUCGCUUGUCGGAGUUUACGCGUGGCGAAUUCUUAAACGAAAAACCGUAAGUCCAUUUGAAAAUCGUGUCAUUUUAAGCCGUACGACAAACGUUUGUCAAGCGAUAAGUAUAAAUUAUGCAAAUUAACACAAAUCCAUAUUUGAAAAGCUAGACAGUUUUUAUCAACUGGAGCAAGUGAUUUUUUCCUUUGUAAUUUAGUGUGCUUCCCCACAGAUUUUGCAAGGUUUGCGAACUAACCUAACUUUGCGUAGGCCGAUAUUUGCACUUUCAAUACUGCAAUCCAGUUAAUCAUUUCGCCAAGUGUAUCUAAGUGUGAGAUGAGUAAUUUCCCGCCUUGCAUUUUGCAUUUUUCCGAGAAAGCUUAGCAAAUCAUUUGCGUCUGCCUAAUUGGGAGUGCUAAUUGAGAUUGCAUUGUCUUGGCAAAACCCAACGUCUAUGCGGUCAUAUGCGUCAAACUUGUAAUAUAUUUUUACUAUAUUUAAAUUACUUAAUAUAAAAUUAAAAUUAUUACUCAAGCGCCCGUUGCGCUUAUGCUAUUUUUACUACAAAUACGAUGUUGUAACUGACUAACGUUACCUAAUUUAACAUUAGCACAGUGAUUUCUCAAAAACACAAUGAAACUGCGUGAAAAUAUUUAUGAAAACGUUGUGAGACUUACUCAUGAUUAUUAUGGAUAAUCUCUAAUCGUUAUUUGCGGUUUAAACGUAAAACUAAUUUAUACAUGAAAGCUCUGCGAAAAAGCUUAAAUUUAAUUUACAUGUUGAUUGCGAUAAUGUUUGAGGUAUAACUAAGAGUUUGAUGCAAAUCAGUUACUAGUAAAGCCAAGAAAGCUUUUAUUAUGUUCAAGUUAAUAAAUUGUACAAAAUGAAGUGAAAGUUCUGUACGGAAGCUUAGAUUUAUAUUACAUCUAUGCCACAGCAGAAUGUUUUUAAGCGAAAUUUGAUGUGAAUAACUUAUAGUACUCAUAGUCAAAGCAUUCACUAGAGUAAGCUCUAGAUGAAAACUCACAUCAUUUUCAUCUAUUAGUAAAAGUUCCAAAUGAAAGCUCAUACAUAUAUAAUAUGGUAUAAUAUUAGAGAAAGCUCCAACAAAGUUGAAUCUGAUGAAAUUCAUUUGUAAUGUAAUGUACCUUUCUGUCUACGUUAUGCAUUCUUCGUACAGCAUUAUCAGCUAAAAUGCCAAAAUAUUUUGACCAUAAGAAUUUAUGCGCAUUUUAUUUUUAUCGUCAUCACUUAAUCAUCCUUCAGGCACACUGUGUUUACCAUAAAAAUUCAGAGUAAUUAAUAAAAUGUCUCCGAAAUCAUUCUCUAUCUCCACAUAUUGCAUUUUUAUUAUGCCUACAGUAUACUUACAUAUAAAUAAGUACAUACAGUUUGUUGGCACAUUUGCUACAUUUUACGCCAUGCAACCGUAACUUGGCAUUAAUGUCAACCGAAAUUAAGAUUUGAUUUAAUGUGUGAGUGCGUGGCGCGUGAGUGUUUACACAAAGUGACACAAAGCGGCACGUCAGCGCUGCUGUACCCAUUUGUUGUACGGUGUGUAGAUGCAAAAUGACGCAUAAACCUGUGACGAAUUUCAUGCCCAUUAAGGCUGCAGUACCCACUUGGUACACCCAAACACACCUCCACCGCCAACCACCUUAGUGCCUAACGCUGACAAAUACUGCAGCGGUAGCUGUCACUUUGUGUGAUUGACAUUCGGUAGACAUGAAAACCGCGCGCAGAGUUGCACAGACAAACAGCAGACAGUGAUGGUAAGGCAAGCCAAAAACGGACGACUCACCUAUUUAUUAGGAAAAGCUCGGCAUACCUACAUAAAUAUUUGUAUUUUGUAUAUAUUUACCGAUUUUUUACAUGAAUGUAUUUUUUUAUAUUUUUAUAAAAGAGCUGCUUUCAAAUCGUGCAUUGCUCCAGACUUGUGAAGUCAUAAAUGUACUAAAAUAAUUUACAAAAUAUAUAUGUAUGUACAUAUAUGUGUUACAAAAACACCGUUGCAUUCCAAAUUCCACGCUGUUUGCUGCUUUACCGUCGUAUACCUGGCAGCUUGCACGAAAUUAUGUCAAUAGCUGUAAUGUACUGUUUUGCUGACUGACGGAUCGUUGGCUGGCACAGUUGUUGUUAGGAUAUAUGGUGGCAGCCAGCAAUUUAGCUCACGAAACUGAUAUACAACACAAGCAUUACAUGGCUGCAGUCCAAUAAAUAUAUAGGUUAUUGCAAAAAUUGGGAUAAAUUGCAAAAUAAAUAACAACAAAGUGCAUAUUAGGGUGGUGAUGAAUGUGGACAGGAAAAGUUUAAGUCAAAUGUGAAAUCUCAAAUUCUACAUUUUUACUAUUUUUUAGGCAAAAAUUAAUUAUAAAUGAUUUGAGUGCUUCUUAAAUGUACGAAGAAAAGUUUCUUGAUUUCACAGCGCCGCCCAAGUUGAUACGAAAUAAAAUAAAUAUAUAAUAGAAGUUAGAUCCAGAAAAAUUAUAUAAAAUUAUUAAGGAGUACAUUGGAGUCAAAUAUCAUCGAUUUCAAUAGAAAUAUAUAAUAUUUUUAAGUUUUGAGCUUUCAAAAAUAAUUUUAAUUUUCUGCGACAGUUCGCCAUCAGCUCCCAUUGGGGCAAAAAUGUGAAAAAUUUGUUAUUUAAAGCAGUGCUAAUAUAGUACUUUCAUAGGCAUGAACUAAAACAAAUAAUUUUUUGAUUUAUUUAGAACCACCCUAGUAUAAGUACUUCUUAAAUUAGCAAUGACGAGUGUUUCAAAUAUUUGAAAUAAAUUUUAUUCUUAAAAAAAUGCAAGUCAAAAAGGAGGAGUUGUAUUCCACUUCAAUCAGUGUUUAAGCUCCCUCUUCGCCGAAAUCCAUUAUUUAUUUAAAGUUUAGCAUUCAGCAGUGUGUCUACAAUUGCUAAUUAUUACCGUCAUAAUAAAUCUCAGCGCUGAUUUGCAAAUUUUAUGCGGCUAAAUAAUGUGCAAAUAUUUGUUGUAGAAUAACAACAAAAACAAAAAUAAGAAAAUAAAAUAAAUUCAUCGAAAAUAAAGCAAAUAUUUACAAUUUAAUGCUGUUGAACAAUGCCGAAGCGAAACUGGCAAAUAUUUGCAUUGAAAGAGCAUACCUUAUUUUACAUACAUACACUCACAUACAUAUAUGUAUAUUUGUACAUUUAAGAGUAUUUAUUAACUAGCAUACCAAUAUACUAAAUAUCUAGAUAUGCCUGAGGUUAAUGCGCAAAAUAUGCAAAAUGACAACGUAAAUGGCGACUGUAAAAACAAAAACAAAAACAAUAGACAAACAUCAUCACUUUAGAGAUAAUACAAAUGCUUAAAAUCGCACUUAGUCGUGUGAAUUAGUCAUCGUAGCUUUUCUACUUGCCGGAGCAUUCAUAUUACCAGCUACCGUUUUUCCAUUCAUCAACCACUUUAUUUUCUUUAUUGUUGUAAUCGUGUAUAUGUCAUUAUGUUUAAUUUUUGUCGUCAUCUUCUGUUGUUUAGCAACUUUGGUUAGAUUUAUAGCAGGAAGAGUUAUGCAAAAUUCAAAACAUGUAAACAAUCGUCAUAAAUAUAUUUUUUGCAAUUUUUUUCUUUGUUUGUUUGCAUUUGGUUGGCAGCACUUCGAAUUAGUUGUUCGUAAAUAUUUGUGUAGUUCAUUUUUUUUCUCAAGUAUUUGUAGUAAAAGUAAACAACACGCUUUAGAUUUUUUUAAAUGAUUUUAUCGGAUAAAAUUCAAAAUAAAUAUUUCCUGAAAUUUUUUCAGAACUCAUUAUGGAGCUUAUUGUAUUUGCUCUUUGCCUUCGAAUAUCAAAACUUGAAUGUCAAAUUCAUAUUAUGAGCGCUUCAAAAAAAUAUUGCAGACAUCCAAUUAAAUCCAACUUUGAUGUUCGAAAAUCGAAGACCAGCUGUCAACUUCGUACGACUUAUAAGUCGAACAAAAUUUUAUUCAGACCCAAUAUAAUAAUAAUACAAAUGUACCAAUUCUUUUUCGAACGAACGUCCUGAUAAGUUCGUUAAAUCAGCAUAUCCCAUCAUCAUAACUGUUGAAGAUUGAAAGUAGUAUGUUGUUAAGAGAUGUGGUAGUUCUAAUCGAUUCGCCAUUUUCUGCUCACUAGCUCCAAACUUUGCUCUCUUGUUAAUACAUUUUGCCUGAAAGACCAAGAAAAAAUUAGCAAGUAUGCGGAUGUCUCAUUAAACUCUUGCUUCCAUGCUAGAGUGUUCGAUUCGUCACUCUCGAAUGCUUGAUAAAUUGAAUAUGUCUAAUAUAAAUAUAUUAUUUACUCUCAAUUCAUGAACAAAAUAAUACAGUUAUUUAUUAAUAUUCAUGUGCAUAAACCAAAAACAAUCAUCAAAAAUCCCCGGCAUUGUGAAUACCCACACUUUUGGCGAAUCGCCAUUUUUAUUUGCAAAUACUCUAAUUUACCGCUUAAAGCCAAUUCGGCUAAUGCAAUAAAAUCGAAACACACCUACAUACUAGUAUCGGGUAAUAGGCACUACUCACGCGUACAAACAAACAACUACAAAAGCUAUUCAGGGGCAUCAUCAUGGCGUCUACUAAAUUCAAACUACUAAAUUUGACCCAAUGCGCCGACAGCGGUUAAACCAAGAAGAUAAACACCAGAAACCAAUCGAAGAAAAAACUCGUUUCUGGGUCACAACGGUUGUUUGGUUAGAACUCAAAGCAAUAACUGCACAUUAAACUGACAUUGAUAAUAGCUUCGACCAACACUAAUAACAACAACGACAUAACAAGCUGUUUUAAAUAAAUUCCAAUCAUUGGUUUGAUGCUGACAAACGCUCGCGUACGACCCAAAGCAAACUAGACUAAAGCGCUGAGCUUAAUUAAAACAAAUUUAAAAGCAAUUUAAUAGCUAAUAGUAUGGAUAAACAAAUACGCGCUCGACGCUGACUGUUUGGUAGGAAAAAGCGAUAUUGAAGCGCUAACGAGGCGCGCGCCAAUACAGGCAGUCAGACAGUAAACAGUCAAAUGGCCAAAAACUAUAAUAACAAUAAAACUUUCUCUGCGGCGGUUUGUUUAUACCGUUAUUACCCGCGUUGUUACUAUUGCAAUUUUAUUUCAUAAAAUUUGCAUUUCGGACUUCGAUUGGCCGUUGAGGUAUACAUUGGUAUAGAUAGAGUCGCAAGUGGUGUUUCCAGCUCAGCUGUUUAUUACAUUUGUAAUUUCUUUUUUUAUAUUUAUAUUUUUAUUUGUUUUGCUUUCAUUUUAGUUGUUAAUUAAACACAAUAUUGUUUUUUUUUUGUUUUCUGUCAAGGCGGUAGUUGGCUGCAAAGUUAUUUUUCGUAGUUUUAUUGUCAACAGGAAAAUCAAUUUAGAUUUACAGCUACAAAAAUUAGCAUUUAUUUGCAUAGUAGUAAAUUUAGCUGAAGUAUGGAAGCAAUUAAGUUCAAAAAGUUAUAUUAUAAAUUAUUUUUAUCCUUAUUGCUCUGUUAUCUCAAUGGCGAUAAUGCUUGCGCUGGUCAAACACACCUACUUAAUUGAGUCGAUUAACCCGUUAAUUGUUUAGUCGAUUUUGCUGUUCUUUAUUAUUAUUUAUUUUUUAGUUAUUAGCUAAGUCGCAAACCUUUCUAGGGUCACCACGUAUAGCUUUGGAUAAAUUUUAAUUAGGAAACAUUGUCUUUUCCUGAAAAUAUCAAACAUAUCGAAAAAUGCUUCCAAAUUGUACUUAAGAUAUAUAUAGCUGAAUUCGUUCUUGGUGUAGUAUCAAGCAUCGGUCUCGGAACCAAACAUAUUUAUAAAAGUGUAAAAAAUCCAAAAAUCUGAAUUAUUGGAAAGGACAUUUUUGGUUAGUUUGGUACGCUCUUUUGAUGAUUUUACAUUUUGCGUAUUUCCAGUUAUAUUUUUUAGAGAACUGUAUGUAAUUUUAUAAAUUAUAUCAGCACAAAUAUAGUGAUAUUUCAAAAUUAAUAUGUUGAUUAUUUGAAAUGUAUGCACUUAUUUCUCAAACUCUUGUAUUUCUUGCUUUUCACUCACUCAUUUUUCAUGGAUUUUGUUAUUUAUUUUGGAUUAUUCUUAUUUCACCUUUGUUGCAUGUUUCUGUUUGGCCCUUAUCUUUUGUUUUUCUUUUACAUGCUCUUCUUUAAGGUAUUUCUGCGCUUCUUGCAAAAUAUUUAUUUUUAUGUACAUAUAUAUAUGUGUUUGGUUAGUUGUAUAUAUUUUUGUAGUUGUUAGUUAGUUGUCGCGAUGUUGUAACAAAUUAAUAUGACAAACAUGUCUAGGUUGGCUGGCAAACAAUUGGGCACUGCCCAUUGCUGUUUAAACGCCCAUUCAUUGAACAUUUCCAGCGAUUAAAUACAAUUGUUUUCUGCUAUUUUGUUGUUGUAAUUACAUAAUCGACUUUUUAAAAUAAUUUGUGUGUCUAAGGGUUUUUGGAGGUGGUAACUUUUAAUUUUUUUUUUAUAUAUUUAGGGAAAUUAAAGUUGACAAACAAGAUUCAAUAAAUACAUUUUUCUACUUUAUUUGUUUGGUUUCGAUUGAAGCAGAUUUAUUGCUAUUUUUAGUGUAGUAUAUUGACAAAAUAUAGCUUCACAAUAUUUGAGGUUACUAACUGUGUAUGAAUUCAAUAUUUUAGAUAGUGGCGAAACGCACAUACUACUGGGUUAAAGCAAAUUGUAUGCUCUAAUGAAAUGUAGAAAGCAUAUUAGGAUAUUUUUUAUUUUAUACUCUUUUAUUUCCUGCUUAUUUAUUUUAUACUUUCCAAUAUUUUUAUUAUUUUUUGUUAACUCUCAUUUCAUCCAACUCUUUUAUUUAAAUAUUAAAUAUUUAGCGAUUUUGUUAGCAACUUUAUUGCUUUUUUAUUUCAUGAUUAUUAUAUUUUUGUUUCAAAUUCACUUCCUCUUAUUUAAAUAACAUCAUUUCAUCAAUUAGUAUUACAUAAUUUUUUCCGCAUUUUUUAUGGCCUUUUUUUUUGUUUUUGACAUGUUUCAACCCUUUCAACCCACACGCAAUGCCGCUUUUGUUUGCUCAUAAACAAUUGUAUGCCAAUUUCAUCAUCAGAUCCAAUCGUUUUACGGCACUUAAGUGUAAGCACGCGCCCUCCCUCGCAUUUACGGCGAAACAAGAGCAAUGCACUUUUUCUCCAAAAAAACGCGAAUACGCGAAACUGAAUGAUUUGGCAAACACACACAAAAAAAUAAAAGAUAAAAAAUAAAAAUAAAAGCAAUAAAUAAACAAAUUUAAGAAAAGCGUAAAAGCAAAGAUAAAUCAUCCAUCCACCGCAACGACCCCAACAUUGCACGCAUGGAGGCGUGUUUCUCAAGUGGGCAAUCGUGCAAACGCAAAUGACAACUGCUUUUGCUUGCAGUAAAAGCAAAGAAACGCAAAGGCAACAGCAACAAACAUUUGAUUGCUCAAAUGUCGCAAAUAUGCAAAGAGUACGGCAAAUUUGCAUUGACACUUCACACUUUAGAGUUAACACUUGUGGUCAUACGGAUAUUAUCGCUCAUUCAAUCGCUUCAUUUCAUUUUUUUGUUUUUGUAUUUUUUAUUAAAUUUAAUAGCUUUUAAUGCACAUAAGAGCGGUCUAAUGUCGCUUGUUUGUUGUUGUUGCAGGCAAACAUGCUGUACGUCACAUCGGCCGUCGGACACGGCGUAUACGCAACCCCGUGUAUAUGAAUUGGGCUGUCUGCAUAGUUUUUGAUUUUUUAUUUUGAUUUUUUUUCUUUAAUUUUCUUGUUGCUGUUGUGUUUAUCAGCUCGACUGCAUACGCUUGUGCUAUUUUGCAUGUUAAGUGUGCGCUUCAAUUGCACAAACGCAGACAUAUUUAUAUGCAGCAAUUUGUUUUUGUUUUUUCAUCGCUUUGUUUUUGCUUUUAAAAUUUUUUGCGCGCACUGUAAUUCAAAUCUUAUUUUGAUUGCCACUUAUUUGUUGUUGCCAUUUGCGUUUGCACUUUUUUGACGGUUAUUUUUGUAUGCACUGGUUUGUGCGCUGUUCCUGUUAUCUGAUUGCAGUGUGGUUGUUAUUGUAAUAUUUGUUUUGUUUUUGUAAAUUUUUGGAUGUUUGCUGUGUAGCUGCAGGUGUUUGUGUGUGUGUGCGUUCAUCCAAAUUUAGUAAUUCACCACAAAUUUUCAGUUUCAAGGUAGUGUCGUUAAACUCGCUGUGCGUGUCGUGUGCUCGCCUCACUACAAAUUUCAGUAUCUGCAAAAACAACAAAAAUGCACAUUCAAUUUAAAUUAUAACAAGUUUUCAACUGCUCAUACAUACUUCAAUUGGCACUUGUCAAUGAAUGUGAAGUGUAGCAGCCAUUUAAGCCAUUUGGUUGUCGCUAAAUUGUUGUUGACAUGCAUUGGCAAUUUAUGAAAGGGAAUGCAAACACUAAAGCUGAAGUAAUACUUCAUUGUGGCCAAAAAAUAUGCAAAAUUAUUUUGCGCAUGCAAUUGAUUA